AUGACGCUGUUGUCCAGACUCACGGUGGAACAGAUCCAAUCUGUCAUGCAAGUCAAUCAGGAGACUAUCAGUCUUACGAUGAUGCUCAGCAAACCAAGUCCUCCCUUAAGUGCAAAACAUGUCCAGACGGUAAAUGACCGAUGGCAACAGGACCGAGUUCAUUUUCACCAGCUGGUAGCUCGCGCCUUUCUAGGACACGGAGCCAACCAAGAAGUGGACAUGGCAUUGCAGUUUGGGGCAGGCGCAGCAGUCUUCGAGCCUUUUGAAACCUAUGGAGACGAGCUGGGUGCCCUGGAAAGUGAGCUCCUUGACAAAUCUUCAAAGUAUCACAAAGCUGUUCUCAAAGCAUCUCAAAAGAUCGGCAUCCCCAAGACAACGGCAGACAUGAACGCAGAUAGUUUCAUGAGGACGACAUUCGUGCGCAAUGCUGUUAACGCAGCAGGCAUUAAUAUGGCAGCAACAGCUUUGUUUGACAUCAAAACCCUCUUUGAUGCAGACUUCCAGAACUACUUCCUCAAGUUAUGCAUCAGCGGCGCAUACGGUAGCGCGGUUUCAGCUUGCUCAUCUCAAAUUGAUCAUCGGAUUUUCGGUUACGGCGCCGUCGUGGGGGUUAUUGUCGGCUCGCUAUUCAACAUGGCCAGCCUUGCACCUACAGGGGACUGGUCACGAUUCGGAAAAAACACUGGCCUUAGCAUGGUCAGUUCCGCGGGAGGGUGGGGAGGAGCGGAACUCGGAGCAAUGGCUGGCACCGCUGUUGGCGGUCCGAUCGGCGGGUUACUAGGACGUCUGGUCGGAGGUUUGGGUGGAGGAUUUGCAGGAUGA